ACGCCAACACGCCAACAGUCAACAGUCAAAAGUGAAUUGCUAACCUAACUUUGUUUUCCAUUGUGCAGUGUAAAGUGAUAUUGAAGUGAAGUGCGUAUCGUUGUUGAAAAAAUCGUGUCAUUGAUUACACUUUAUAGUUCUAUUAUUAUUUUUCAACUUUCAAUUUCAAUUUCGUGGUUGAAAAUUGUCAGCAUCGAAGUUGAAGAGUGUUCGCCAGCUGCGUUUAUUUUAAUCUUUCUGUUACGCUAAUUCCAGCCAAACAAUAAUUCAAAAUGGUUUACCACAUUAAAGAUUCCGCUGAUCUAGAACAACAGUUGAGCGAAGCCGGCAGCAAGCUUGUAGUUAUCGAUUUCUUUGCUGCAUGGUGCGGUCCGUGUAAAUUCAUCAGCCCAAAAUUAGAGGAAUUAUCUACCGUAGAAACGGACGUUGUAUUUUUGAAAAUUGACGUUGACGAAUGUGAAGAUCUCGCCGAAGCUUACGAAAUCAGUUCGAUGCCUACGUUUAUAUUCAUUAAAAAUAAGAAAAAGGUGGACAGUUUUUCUGGAGCUAAUGCGGACAAACUUAAAGAAAUAGUGGAGAAAUUGAAAAAUGCGUAACCUUUGCAUUCCGUAAUGUAGUCGUCGUCGUUAUCGGCGUCGAUGUCUGUUCGAGCUAUUAUUAUUACACUUGACGUUGAAUUCAUCGGGUUACUAUUUAAUUACUUAUUAUAAUGUACUGUUCUUUGGUAAUGUUCUAAAAUGUAUUUUCGCAAUUACUUACCGCUGUUGUAGCGAUUUACUUACAUGCAUGCAUACUACAAUAUACAUAUAAUUUUAUCUCGUGUUUUACAACAAAUUCGAUAAUAUAUACCUUUACAUACUACGUUCAUUUAAAAACCCUCCCCCACUUUUAAAGUGAAACACGUACAGCUAUGCUAUAUUUACUUUAAUCUAUCUCUACCUUAUUGGUAAAAUAUAAAAUAAUAUGUUCGAUUGUUGUUUACCUCAGAACUACGCGUAAAUAUAUUUACAAAUAAUUUAUGUUA